AUGACAGCCCUUGUAUUGUACCCGUACCAGAAGGAAUCCCUGGCCCAUGCCAAGGAACGAAACACCAUCGUGAACCUUCCCACAGGAAGAGGGAAAACUCUCAUUGCCGUGAAGCUGAUCGAGCAUUGUUUGCAGGCAUAUCCGGCGAGGAAGGUUGCAUUUUUGGUGCCAACAAGAGCCCUUGUUGAACAGCAUUAUAAGUAUUGCAAGGAUCACGUUCGUUUACCACAUGGAUCCCCACCUUCCAUUCAGAAGCUAGCCGGUCAAGCACAAGCCUAUUGGGAUGAGUCCGAUUGGAAUGAGGCAUUUCGCUCCAACCAUAUCUUCGUUGGCACAGAGAAGCUUUUCCAAGAUGCGUUCGUAGCAACCAAAUUCCUCGACAUUGGCAGCUUUAGCCUCUUCGUCUUUGAUGAAUGCCACAAAGCAGUUGGCAGCGCCCCCAUGGCUGUCGUGAUGAGAGAUGGGGUCGCCCCUCACCAAGCACAAGGAUUGCACGGGCCCAAAAUACUGGGGUUGACUGCAUCUUUUGUGAGUGGCAGCCUCAAGAACAUGGAAAAGAAGAGGCGAGAUCUCGAAAAAGUGUUGCUUUCAACUCUUAUCUGUCCUGAUGUUCGAACCAGGAUCGGAGAUGACAGCUUUAGGUUUGUGAACUGGAGUAAGAGUCCCCACAUCGAUCGGCAAGAGGGCGCCAUAAAGGCUCACGUCGAAGCGGCUGUUCAGCAUGUAGGUCAGAUCAAGGAGCAGAAAAAGAUCAUUGCCCGCUGCGCCUACGUUUUCCAGGAGCUUGGGGCUGACGCUCUCUUCUUUUAUGUUGAGAGAGUGAUUGUAGCGCAGGUGUUGGCGAGGGCAAAGAUCCUGAUGGAGCUACCAGACGCAGCCAGUGUGGACUGCGGUGAACGAAUGUUGGAAGGAGUGCCAGCCCUCAGAAGUGAAGUUGCGGUGUUGCGCACAAAGCUCCUCGCCGAUCCUUUGGUGCAGCAGGCCGAUCGUCGAUCUAUAAAGGUGCAGAAGCUGAUUGACCUUUUACAGGAUCAGUUUCUCCAGAACCAGAACGGUCAUCGAGGAAUGGUAUUUGUCCAACAGGUAGCCCUUGUGUCGUCCCUGGCAAAGGUUCUGAAUGACACUUUAUCGGUCUUGCAUGUUAAAUGUGGAGCUGUGGCUGGAUGUGGUCACCAAAGUGAAUUCGAGCGUCAGGCACAACUUGAUCAUUUUAGAAGUGGGGAGAUUCAGAUCAUUGUUGCGACGCCUGCGUUGGAGGAAGGUAUUGAUGUGCCUGAAUGUGCAUUUGUAGUGCGCUACACGGCGGUACAAACAACCAAGGCUCACAUCCAAGGAGCAGGACGAGCUCGUCACGAGAAUGCCCAAAUCUUUUAUUUUGAGAACGACCCUCAAGACGAAAGACAAAAAGAGGCAGCCAUGAACACUGUCGCAAAGGACAGGACCCUAGCUUUGACAGCCGAUGAUCUCCAAAAGGCGAUCCAUGAAAUCGACUCCCCCCGUGACAAGCGUCACCCAUAUCCUUUGAACUGCCGAAUGAAUCCAUCUGCAGACAGCACGGGAGAGGUCAAUGUGUACAACUGUAAGGAAAUCUUCAAUCGGUACUGCUCGGUCAUGCUCGGGACACCAGUUCAGCCCAAAAAGAUCCUGUACAAGUACACUGUCAAGGAGGAUGGCCGCAAGUUCCUCUCCAAAGUGAGGUUCCCCUCUCCACAUGGCUGGCAACACCUCACUUAUGAUAAUCACUACAUCCUCUUUUGGGGCAGAGCGAAUCUCGAUAACUUCUUUUCGGCUGACCGAACCAAGCGAAAAACUGUUUCGGAGAAGGAGGAGAUGACUUUUGUGUAUAUUGUUGUUGUCACACUUCGCGAAAAGGGAUAUCUUGAUUGCCACAACAAGCCCAACAAGGCAUGUCAACUUGAAGCGCGCAGAAACUGCGACGUCGACUCUGAAUGGUCUGAUGCCAUUCCCAUCAAAGAUCGCGUCUUUCAGAGCUAUGGAGCGCCUCUCGAGGAAAUUUGA